AUGGAGACUGCAGAACCACCAUCAGCAAGGAAGGAAAAGAAGGGUUUGAGAAGGGUCUGGAACAAAAUCAGAGAAAUAUUCAAACACAAACCAACCACCUCCACAGCUCCAUCUACUCAAGCAACUGCGCCAACCACAUCUGUCGCCCCUCCCCCUACAGAGCCUGUGGCCACCUCAAUACCGUCAGUAUCAAUCAAGCCUUCGUUAUCCUCGCUAAUUGUCAGUAGGGAACCGUCGACCGAGCAACCACCAAAGAUCGAAGUAGACGACACGAUUGAAGACUUUGCAGAACUUGUCGAGCCUUCUACGCACCUACCUCCAAAAGAGUCCGCUACCGCUGCUAUAGAAACAACACAAGAUCCGCGAAACGAAUCACAAAUGCGCUUCAACAAAGCCCAGGCAAUCUUUGCUAAGUAUAACCUUGAGCUAAGGGAAUCCGAAUGGGACAUGAGGCCGAAAGUUCCAUAUGAAAGGGUGUCCAAGAAUAUUCGAAUGAGGGUCAAAUAUACCUGCCAUAACUGUUCCACCACUUUCGGCCAUGACAGAGUCUGCAUCGGUUGCCAACACCGUCGUUGUGCACAAUGCUCACGGUAUCCACCGAGAAAGGAUCGGACGAAAUCUUCUCAGAAGACACCCGCGCCUCCACCUGUCGAGUCUACAACUGAAGCACCCCGACCGAGUGGUGAAGGAGCAUGCCAUGAAUGUCAGACGGGCUUCGAACUAGGUGCUCAAGAAUGUCCUAAUUGCUAUCACCAAAUAUGUGAGAGGUGUCUCCAGGAAGCCACAAUUACCGUCGAAAAUACUCCCGGCAGACCGGCAGAACAGAAACCGAUUCAAGAAUCGGCUCAGGAGGGAUCAACCACCACGAUCUAG